CCACGACAAGCACAAGCCUAGCGAAACGGGUGGAAGCCAACAAAGUGGGGUUGGUGGAGAUGGCACUGGACAUGGACAAGACACCAUGGACCACGAGAAGGGACGGUGGAACAUGCGGCACAGAGGAGCCGCGUGGAGGAACCGGUAAGGGUGGCGACGACGUGUCCGAGGGGGGCAAACGGCAGGCGACCAAGGACGGGCUUUCAACGGGUGCGCCGGCAGGGGACUGCGGCGGGGCAACGGAUAUGGAGAUCCGUCAACUACGAAGGAAAUCUCAUGGGUUUCAGCGGCUCGCACUCGCUCGAGAGGGGAGGGGAUUCUUCGAGAUUGGCGUGGGUACUCGCCUUCACACAGGAGCAUGGGCACCUAGCCCGGCAUGGGGGACAGUCAUGAGGGUCAAUGCAGACGAAGAAGACAGGAUCGUAUCGUAUGGCGUCCUCAUGGACACGGAGUGUAGGGUGUCAACAGUGUCCGCUCGCAAUGUGGAGAUUGACGUGAAGCAUGCGAGGGAGGUAGACAAGAGCAGUGCGGGUGCUCCCAGGAAGUCGGGAGGGCGGGGCGGGGCCGACAAGGAGGGCAGGAAGUCAGAUGGGCAGAAAAGGUCGGGGCGUGAAAAGGAAACAGCGAAGGGGAGCAGCAGGAAGGGCAGGCGCUUUACCGACGAUGAGGAUCCGGACGGGAAAUCGAGCGGAGGUCAACGAGGCAACGACAAAAAGAGGAAGAAGGUGGGCGAGGAUUCCGACGAUCGUGCCUCCGAUUAUAAAGACCUUGCCUCCGACUAUGAAGACGACCGCGAUGACGAAGCCGACAGCAAUGAUGAAGACGACCAACAAGGCGGGAUCAAGAAGGUGAUCAAAAAGAGCAAGGGCAAAGGGGCGGAUAGUGAAAUGGACGAAGACCCGGACGAGGAAACUGGGCUGUGGGGGGACGUAGAUGGCGGAGGAAUUGCGCACCUUGGCCGCGCAUUCGACGUGAAGGAGUCAGCCUACGACACUUGGUAG